CAUCUGUCACUCGGUACAAUAGCAUCGAAAAAUGUGUGCUAUCCAGGGACCGGUGCGGUGACCUAAUCCUAAAAUAGAAAUAAUAAACUGACUCUGUCAAGCUCUUUCUACAUCUGCGGGACGUGUAGGCUACUUUAAUAUAUCGUGUGGUUAUGCCAACUGCCUCAACAUGGGUGGCAAAAGUAGAUUUCAAGAGGUUUACCGCGAUAUAAUGAGGAUGUUUACGUGGUCUUUUAUGAAAGGUCUGAUUGUAAAUCCUGCACAGCUACCAUUUGCCGCUCUGCUCCUGAUUGUUGCUGAACUAAUCAUUAAUGUACUGGUUGUGGAACGUGUGCCUUAUACUGAAAUCGACUGGAAAGCGUACAUGCAAGAAUGUGAAGGAUUCCUGAAUGGAACGCUCGACUACAGUCAACUCCGCGGAGACACCGGACCUCUCGUGUACCCAGCAGGAUUCGUAUACAUUUAUUCUUUGUUCUAUUUCCUGACAGGCCAAGGUGAAAAUAUUAGAUUAGCUCAAUAUAUAUUUAUUGGCAUCUAUUUGCUACAACUGUGCCUAGUUCUUAGAAUUUAUAUUAAAACUAAGAAAGUUCCACCUUAUGUCCUGGUCAUCACAAUAUUGACAUCUUACAGGAUACAUUCAAUUUAUGUAUUAAGAUUAUUUAAUGACCCAAUUGCUGUGCUUUUCCUUUAUGCUGCUUUAAAUUUUUUCAUAGAUUCCAAAUGGCACUUGGGUAGCAUAUUUUAUAGUUUAGGAGUAUCAGUGAAAAUGAACAUACUUUUAUAUGCCCCAGCCUUAUUUUUCUUUUACCUGACAAAUCUAGGUUUUAAAGGGACUUUAGUACAAUUGUUUAUUUGUGGUGCAAUCCAAGUAGUGCUAGGUUUGCCAUUCUUACUGAGCAGUCCUGUUGCAUACUUGAAGGGUAGCUUUGACAUUGGUCGGGUUUUCAAUCAUACAUGGACUGUUAACUAUAGGUUUUUGGAUGUAGAUGUAUUUGAAAAUAAGUGUUUUCAUUUAUCAUUACUAGCAAUACAUGUUCUCUUGUUGUUUGUAUUCAUACCAAUGUGUGUAAAAUAUUUCCAAAGUUACUGUCGUCUGAAGUAUGUCCAAAAGCAGGUGCAACCGCAAAUUGAUGCAAAAAAUUUAGAAAAUAAGAGGAAAAGUAAAUUGAAUAAGGAAAUUAAGAAGAAGAUAAAUAAAAAGAGUGAAGAACAAGAAAAUUUGACCAAAGAACAAGAGGAUUUCCUCAAUUCAUUUGAAGUGAUGCUCCAAAAAUCUCAGAAGGGUGGAAAGAAGGCAGUUAAGAAACCUGUUGAACAAGAACACAAUCCACACUACAAUAUUAAUUUUGAUAUUUUGUCUCAACUAUUCAUUCUACCAAUGUUUAUUGUAAACUUCAUUGGUGUCAUGUGUGCAAGGAGCCUUCACUAUCAAUUUUAUUCCUGGUACUUCCACAGCCUACCUUAUCUACUAUGGUCCAACAAUUACUCGGUUAUUGUCAGAUUCCUGUUGCUAGCUCUUAUUGAAAUGUGUUGGAAUACCUAUCCUAGCACAUAUCUCACAAGUAUGUUAUUGCAUGUAUGUCAUGUUACUGUACUGUAUGGUGUUUAUAAGAAAAUAUCGGCAGAAUUAAACAUGGUAUCAAAAUUAGAGUAAGCUCAUCUCCCAAGUUUACGAGUGCAAAAAGAUAAAGUUGUGAAUUACAUAAUUAUAUUAUGUGCGAUUUGUAUGUCCAAUCUAUUUGUAGUCACUAUGCAAUAAACAACAAGUCAUUUUUAGUCUUUGUAUAACACAAAUGUAAUUAAUUUUAUACAUUGAAAGCAUUUUUUAGUCAGUGAACUUGCUCAAGCACUCCUAAUUUGUGUAGAAUUGAAAUGGCAAGUGUGUACUUAGUUAAGAUACAUCUUCAUACGCCUUGCGUAAACUAGUGUGUUCAGUUUGUACAAUUAAGAUUUUAUUACUGUAAAUGUUUGAAUACCUAUUUUUGAAUAAAAAUAAGAACUGAAA